AUGGGUCAAAAUGGCCAACAAGAGUUCAAAACAGAGAUUGAUGUUCUUAGAAAGGUUAGACAUCAGAACUUGGUUGCACUUCUUGAAUAUUGUGUUGAUUGCCAAGAAAGACUUUUGGUGUAUGAAUUCAUGUCAGAGGGUACACUAGGGCAUCACUUGUUUGAAUGGGAGAAUAGAAAUGCACUGCCACUUAUUUGGAAGCAGCAACUAGUGAUUUCUUUGGAUAUUGCUAGAGGUAUUGAGUAUUUACACAGUUUGGCCCAAGAGAUUUUCAUUCAUAGGGAUUUGAAACAUGCUAACAUACUACUAGACAAGGAUUUGAAUGCCAAAGUUUCUGAUUUUGGGUUGGUAAAGCUUGCUACACACAACAAAAUGUCCAUGACGACAAAAGUAGCAAUAACUUUUGGAUAUCUUGCACCUGAAUAUGCAAGUAAGUGGAUUGAUUUACUUUUUUAA